AUCAUGACCACGGACGAAAUCCCUCUGCCCUAUGGCUGGAUUAGAGAAGUCGACCCUCGAACUGGCCACCCAUUUUAUGUGGAUACCAAAGCGGACCCGCCCCGUUCUAUCUGGAUUCAUCCCUAUGAAGAUGAGCAAUAUCUCUCUGAACAUCCAGAUGUGAAGGAGAAGAUCGGGAGUGUAAUGGACCAUCAUGCAUCGCCGGAUGAUAAACCAUCCAAUCCACGAAGGCACUCGUAUAGCGGCCUCACCAGCCCGGAUAUGCUCGUCGACGAGGGUGGUUCAAGGACCCCAAAGGAAAAUAAGAAGAGGAACUUCUUCGGGAAGAUGAAGGACAAGGCGAUAGGAACUAAAGAGGAGAGGGAGCAAUAUAAUCGGGAAAUGGCCAAACUAAAGGAAGUGCGUCGAAAGCGGGAGCAAGAGGAGCUCCGACGGCAACAAGAGGCGUACCACCAGUUCAGUCAAUUGCAUCAGUAUCCCGGCCGGUCGACCUACAACCAGUCAUUCGCAGGGCCCUCUAUGCUGGGGCCCUCCAUAUUGGGGCCCUCGAUGUUUGGGUCCACGUCGUUUGGAUCCACACGAUACGGACCUCCAGCUGGUAAUCCGUACUCUGCAUAUUCGAACCGCGGAGGCUAUGGUUAUGGGAUGGGUAGUAACAGUCUUGCCUUGCCGCUUCUCGGGGGUAUGGCCGGUGGUUUGUUGUUGGGCGAUCUGUUCUUCUGAUGACAUUGAGAGAACUUGAGGGUUUCGACGUGAUUAUGUGCUUGCUCUCUGUAUUCGUAGUAUCAUAUUGUAGUAGGUGUACGACUGUACAAAUUCCAAAUGUUCCGGGG